AUGACAAUCCCGGUUGAACUGAGCUUCGUUGAGAUUCCGGUUCGGAAAAGGAGGCCAUUGGUCAAGAAGAUCAAUGUUUGGUACCCAGUCAUUUAUCCAAGCGCUUGGGCUGCCUUCCUAUUGAAAGAAUACAGCUUUCUUGUUCUGGGUGGGGUGGAUCUACAAGAGAUGCAACAAUGGCAGCAGCUGUUGUCUGACUUCUGGUCCGAGCACAAGCUGUAUGAUCCUGGCCAUGACAUGCAUGCACCCAUGGGGCCUCCACCCACCCACACAGUUCCUAUCUACAUUCAUGGUGACGAAGGCCGGGGGAAGUAUAAACUUCCGAUAAUGGUGGAGGGGCACACCUACUGCACUCGUUUUCUCUUCACUGUGCUGCCUGCUGAACUUUACUGGGGCGACUCCACCCUGAACAAGUUGAACAAAGCCUUCGCAGAAGACCUCAUGAAUCUCUUUACAAAGGGAGAGUGGUAUAACUUCGCAAAGGAUGCCCCAUGGCGCAACGAGGAUGAGGCCGAGACUCCUUUCGCUGACGACAAAUCAUCGCCGUUCUGGGAUGUGCCUGGGAUGUCGGAUCCACAACGAGCUCUGGUGGAUCCAGCCCACACGUGGCACAUUGGGUGGCCUGGUUUCAAAUUAAUACGAAGUCCAUACUAUCUAGACUCACUCUUUUCACAGGCUCUGCUUCUAGAUGUAUAUGUGCAACUAAGAGUGGGACGAGACUUUGUGGUUUCGGGCCUGGUCUUGCUCUGCAAACUUGGCCUCGUUCGUGGAAGAGGACUACAGAGCCGUCUCACAACUGCAUACAGUCACUAUGCUGCUUGGUGCCAUGAGAACAAAAAGUCGACCAACAUCAGAUCCUUUACACUCUCAGCCUUCAAGAUUGCAAAGAUGCUUGCAUGGAUCAUAAGAUUAGAACUUUCCCAGCUAACUAAUUUAAGUUGA